AUGUCACCUCCCCCCUCAAUAUCAAAGUCAGGCUAUUCGCGUCGUCAGAAAGCCUGCGAGACCUGCAGACGACGAAAAGAACGAUGCGAUGGUCUACAGCCCUGUGGCAGAUGUCGCACACGGAAAGUCGAGGCCGAGUGCCGACGCCGUUCGUCCAUCUGUCUCGCUCAACUACCGAGAAUCAAUGGUCUGGAUGUAAUCUCAGAGCUCGGCGAGACGAGAAACCAUGAGAGUGCGAUCUCCGCGUCUGGCGCGGGCUUUUCGGUUCCUCAGCCACAGGCGCCAAUCACCCAAUUGGGCUCUCCAUCGCUUACAACAAUCUCCAGAAACUUGUCGAUUUCCUCAUCGCUAGGGAGUCCAAAGGGUAUCACGACGUUUCUCACAUCUCGUUUGAUCCGCGAUCGCCAGGGUGCAUACAUGUUCCUCGGACCCUCCGCAAAUUUGUCUAUGUUGCAGUGUAUCCGAAAAAUCGUCUGUUGCGCAAUCGGUCCAUGCCAGUUCACCGAAGAGCCCCAACAGAGUGAUCUGGUUGAUGAAGACCCUACUAUCUCAGUCAACUGGAACAAAGCGAGUGUGGAGCCCCAGCGCCCCUCUGCGACUGAUGCCCAUUACUGUCUGAAAUGGUAUACAAGCGCCACAAGUUGCGUGUUUGAUCUCUUCGGAUAUGAAGAACUGACGGCGGGGAUUAUUCCAUGGUUGGAGUCGGUCGCCCCUGCAGACGCUAGCAGUUGCAUCAACUUCCUAGUGCUAGCCAUCGGAGCCCAAUGCGGGCCUGAGGAUCGCGACACGCAGGCGGAUGAAUAUUUCACAUACGGGCGCUACCUGGCGUCAACCCGGUUUUUGGAAACCGCGAACAUAUCCACUGUGCAGAUUUAUUCCCUCAUUGCCAUGUAUCUGCUCAACGCGGCACGUCCCAAUGCGGCCAGCAUGCAUCUCGGUGUGGCCAUCCGCACUGCGCACUCCCUAGGUAUCCACCGGCCUGAUAUCUCAGCAUUGUUCUUGGCGGAGGAGAACUCUCAUCGCGAGCGGAUAUGGAAGGGUUUUGCGCGUGUUGGAUCUCUUCCUGAGCACACACCUUGGACAACAGCCGUCCACCACGGAGACCCCAUUUUCGAAAAGAUUCUCUCGGAGAUUUACAGUAAACAGGAGGUUUCUCCUACCGCGUUGGAGCAUGUCAGCCAACAUCAUCGGGAAUGGGCGUCCCAUUUUCGAGAGGGUCUUCGGGUUGAUCGCAUACCUUUAGAGGAACGUAUCAGCACGAAAGACGGAAACAAUCAAUUAAACAUUGGACUUUGCCAUCUCAAACAAGCAUACUACUGGACAAUCAUGCUGGUGACUCGCCCGUAUCUGAUCGAUUUGGUUCAAAAACAUGUGGCCCAAGAUACAAACCGACUAUCAUCGAGUGCUCUUGAUGAUCUCUUCGCUUCAUCGCCACAACAAUCCGACACACUGCUGGCCCAUGCUUCUGUGAACUCCGCCGUACUUUCCCUCGAUCUGCUGCAGGGAUUCCUGCGCGAGGAAGCAAUACCCAAACGGCUCCCUUAUAUCAUCAAUUCUAUUCUGAACGCAGCACUUGUGCUAGGGACGGGAUUCUUCGCAGACCUGGAUCACCUCUUCCCUCUAAGCAAUUCCAUAGCCUUGGCCGAGAAAUUAUUGGACCGGUUCCAGUGCAAAGAUCCAAUGGCAAGAUGGAGUCUCGGUAUUGUGCGAGAACUUCACAAUGUAUGUGAUGAACACGUGAAACGACGACGAGAGCGUCGACUGAACCAACAAAGAGCUCUCGCAGAGGGCCUCUUUGGUGACGUGAAAGCGUGUCACAGCGGAGGCUGGCCACUCCAACCGUCCCAGCUUUCACCACAGAGUCUUCCCCGGGGAGACACCUGCCCCGAAAAUGGAGACCUUGGCAUGGAAGAACUCCACUUUUCGGGGCUAGAUGGCGAUCUUCGGCUCGAGGAGAAUAAUGCGAUAUGGAGUCAGCUGUUCAAUCAUAGUCCUUCCGAUCCACUCUUCGGACAGGAGAUGGAUUCGGGAGGGCCUCUCUUUGACUGGACGUGA